AGGUUAUUGGGGAACUUGGGAUGGGCUUACAUGCAACAGGAGAAGUACCAGCUAGCUGAAGAAUUGUAUAGGAAAGCUUUACCAAGUAAGGGACAGCAUCAAAACCAUGGACUCGGAGCAAAAUGGACAGGCAAGGAUCCUCGUUUAAGGGUUUCAGACAUGAAUGGGGUCAGAUUCUAGUUUUGGGCAAGAUAUGGUUGAGAAAGAAGAGGAGAAGGAGGGUUCUUUAAGUCUAUUUUCUUCUGAAAAUACCGUUGAAUCUGUCAGUAAAUGGAGUAACAGCGAAGAUUCCAGUUAUAUAUCUCAAGAGACAGAUAUUAGACUACUAGUGGUUGAUGAUCUGAAUGAUGCAGAAUAUACUCUACUGAAACAGUUUGAAGAAGUUGGUAUUAAUGGAGAAUUCAGAAACUAUAAGAGGGGAACGGUCAUUAUUGUGUUUCUUGACGGCAGUAAACUAUAUGUGGUCUCCGACAGAAGGUUGAGCUAUGAAUUUAUUAAUCCUGAUACUAAAGUGAAGGAAUAUAGGAUAUGCUAUCGUAAUAAAGUAAAAUGUGAGGGCUUGCGUGUGAAAGUAGAAGAGGUUGGUGAGAAAAUCACAGCCUGUGAAGGUUUCUUAACAGCUUUAGCAGGAAAUUACAAAAUUGCUCAUCACGUUUGCGAAAAUCUUAAGCAAAUGUGGAUCAACGAAGAAAUUGGUUCAGAUCAUAGGUUUUUUGCCGAAAGAUUGGAAGAUCACUCCACAGAUACUGAUUUCAUUUUAGUUACUCCCACCAACAUGGGUGGUUUUCAGAUUAGCAGUGUGAAGGACAAUGAAGUACGCCCUAUGGUUGGUAGGUUAUUGUGUUUGGGAAGUGGGGCAGGUUUAGCAGAAAAAAUCAUAUUAGAAAAGCUAAAAACACUUAACCAAGAAAUCAGCACUGUGGAGAUGUUGAAGGAGGUUGUAUAUGAAGUUUGUGGAGAAGAGAACACCGUCGGGGGAGUUGUCACAGUUGCAGUUAGCGAAGUUGUCGGUGAAAGCGAUAAAGACAAAAAGCUGAAAACAGAAUUUUUUCGGUUUCCACCACUUAAAAGAGUGUGGCCUAUCACAGUCUUGGAUGAUGGAAUACAAUUUGCAAAGGAUGACAGUUUCUUGUUAAUUGAUGACAAAAAUGUUUUAGAUUUUGGAAUCCUCGAACACAUUGAGGAGGGGGACUUGAGUGAUUAUCCUGUUAGGCCAGACUUGGUUAGAGUCCGGAUAUUUCUGGAUGCAACAGAUGAUCCUUGGUUUUAUCAUGCGUCCAAUUAUUCAGAAAGAACAGAUUUCGUAGAUUUUGAAUACUCGGUUUUGAGCUACAACCAAGCUAAACAAAAGUUCAAUAUGGUCCUGGAAUCUUCAAAGAAGGAAACUCGAGAACUUUACGAGUCGAUAAUUGUUGGUAAAACAAGAAUGUUUUGGGAUAACGAAAACAUAGUUUUCGUCAUCUGUUGA